UAACUAAAAAAAGGGAAGGGUCUCCUUUCAUUUCAGUAUUGUCAGAGAUGCUGACUGAAAGUGUGUUACUCGAUUUUAGCCAAUAACCGUAACCAGCUAUCAUUAGUAAAGUCUAAAAAGCGAGCUUUAAUUAAGCUCGCUCCGUUAGGUCAAGAUGUCUGCUAGUGCUGUGUACGUGUUGGAUUUAAAAGGAAAGGUGCUGGUGUGCCGCAACUACCGCGGAGAUGUGGACAUGUCGGAGAUUGAGCACUUCAUGACCCUUCUGAUGGACAAAGAGGAGGAGGGGACGCUCUCUCCAAUCCUGGCCCACGGAGGAGUCCGCUUUAUGUGGAUCAAGCAUAACAACCUCUACUUGGUUGCAACAUCCAAGAAAAAUGCAAGCGUCUCUCUGGUUUUCUCCUUCUUGUACAAAAUUGUCCAGGUUUUCUCAGAGUAUUUUAAAGAACUGGAGGAAGAGAGCAUUCGAGAUAACUUUGUCAUCAUAUAUGAGUUGAUGGAUGAGCUGAUGGACUUUGGCUACCCUCAAACCACUGACAGCAAGAUUCUGCAAGAAUACAUCACCCAGGAGGGACACAAGCUGGACACCGGCGCCCCACGCCCCCCUGCCACAGUCACCAACGCCGUCUCCUGGAGGUCAGAGGGCAUCAAGUACAGGAAGAACGAGGUCUUCCUGGACGUCAUCGAGUCAGUCAACCUCCUGGUUAGUGCCAAUGGUAAUGUCCUUCGUAGUGAGAUCGUUGGCUCCAUUAAGAUGCGAGUCUUCCUGUCUGGGAUGCCUGAGUUGCGACUGGGUCUUAAUGACAAGGUUCUGUUUGAAAACACUGGACGAGGGAAGAGUAAAUCAGUAGAGCUGGAGGACGUCAAGUUCCACCAGUGUGUCCGUCUGUCUCGCUUUGAGAACGACCGCACCAUCUCUUUCAUUCCUCCUGAUGGAGAGUUUGAGCUCAUGUCUUACCGUCUCAACACUCAUGUGAAGCCCUUGAUCUGGAUCGAGUCUGUCAUUGAGAAGCACUCCCACAGUCGAAUCGAGUACAUGAUCAAGGCUAAGAGUCAGUUCAAAAGGCGUUCCACUGCCAACAAUGUAGAGAUCCACAUUCCUGUGCCAACGGACGCUGACUCACCCAAAUUCAAGACCACAGUGGGCAGCGUGAAGUGGGUGCCAGAGAACAGCGAGAUCGUCUGGUCAAUCAAGUCCUUCCCUGGUGGAAAGGAGUAUUUGAUGCGCGCACACUUUGGCCUGCCCAGUGUAGAGGCCGAGGACAAGGAGGGGAAGCCACCGAUCAGUGUCAAGUUUGAGAUCCCAUACUUCACCACAUCAGGCAUCCAGGUGCGCUACCUGAAGAUCAUCGAGAAGAGCGGGUACCAGGCCCUGCCGUGGGUGCGCUACAUCACCCAAAACGGUGAUUACCAGCUCCGGACCCAGUAGGCGGGGCCUCAGCCUGCAGCAGGCAGGUGGAAACCACAGAGGGCGGAGUCCACUCACUAAUGUGCUUUCAAUGGCAGGUGUCAGUCACGUGACCAGAGGACCACUGUCAGUAUCUACUUUUGUUUUUUUUUUUUGUUUUUUUUUUUUCUUAUUUUUUGUAUUUCUUCAAGUUCUGCUCAUUUCCAAUCAAUGCACAUAUGACAUGAAACCUUGGGUUGAGUGAGGUUUCAACAAAUGAUGAUCUACUGCAGUUUUGGCUCCUAAUAUGAGCGGAAGAAUAGUGUAGUCAUGUUUACAUCCAAACUAUACAGUUCCACGUCGCACACAGUGCACUGUGCAACUGUCCUAAUGGGUCAAACUGUUUGAAAGCAGGUGUUACAGCUGUCAUUUCACCAGUUACUGUAAUCACUUCCACAUCGGUCAGUAACACAGUCACUCAUCAAUCUUAGAGUAUGAUUUAUUUUUUAUAUGAAACAGUGUUUUCUUUUGUCAUAUUUCUUAUUUGUCGAUUAUCUGUAUAUAUUUGUGGUAUGUUAAUGAAAGACGUGUUAAUUAGCUCUCUUGUAAAUUAAAGCCAACGUUCUCUUUUGUAUUACCACCUCUUUGAUAUCAGCCCGUGUAUAAUCUGUAGCCCCCAAUGAAAGCCAGUGUAAUUCCUCCGUGUUUGGCCAUUACGCUUUUUUUUUUAUUUCAGUUGCUUGGACUGCUUGACAUUCGGCUUGCCAAAAAUGUUUAGUAUGCUCAGUUAAACCUGCACAGCAAACAGAAUGCCAGAUGAAAAAUCCCUCUUUCCAACCCGCCACCUGUUUCCCCUCCCCUGUGUAACCACACUGUUUUAAACCAUUAAAUAUCUAUUUAGAGAAAAUUGUU